UCCUCCUCCCCCGGGCCCUUUUUUCCUUGUUUAGAGAAAAAAUGGAGUUGAUGGACCUUUUCAUUAUCGGUUUGGCACUUAUUUUCAUCCGUCUAUGGUGGCGGUACUCGUCGGUCACUGGCGGUGGCCCUAAGAACCUCCCUCCAGGACCGCCUCGUUGGCCAUUCGUUGGAAACCUGAUCCAAAUCAUUCUCCAACGUCGACAUUUCGUCUUUAUAGUAGGUGAGCUACGUAAACUAUACGGUCCAAUUUUCACCUUGCGAAUGGGGCAACGGACCAUGGUGAUUGUUACAGAUUCGAGUCUCAUCCAUGAAGCUUUGGUUCAAAAAGGCCACACUUUCGCUUCCCGUCCACCGGACUCCCCGAUCCGGCUCGUGUUUAGCGUCGGAAAAUGCGCUAUCAACUCCGCCGAGUACGGACCUCUCUGGCGAACCCUGCGCAAGAACCUCGUCACCGAGCUUAUAACCCCUACGAGAGUGAAGCAAUGUAGUUGGAUCCGCAAAUGGGCAAUCGAAAACCAUAUGAAAAGGAUCAAAAGUGAGGCUUUUGAGAAUGGGUUCGUGGAGGUAAUGAGCAAUUGCAGGCUCACUAUAUGUAGCAUCUUGAUCUGUUUAUGUUUUGGUGCAAAGAUCUCCGAAGAACGGAUUAAGAAAAUCGAAAGCAUACUCAAAGAUGUAAUGCUGGUAACAUCGCCGCAGCUACCGGAUUUCUUGCCGAUCCUCACUCCGUUGUUUCGUCGGCAAAUGAAAGAGGCCAAAGCACUAAGAAAGAGGCAAUUGGAUUGCUUGGCUCCAUUAAUAAAGAACCGGAGAGCUUUUGUUGAGAAAGGUGAAAACCCUAACCAAGAAAUGGUGAGUCCAAUCGGUGCAGCCUAUAUAGACUCACUCUUCGGACUAGAGCCACCAACCCGAGGUCCGUUGGGGGAAGAAGAGUACGUUACCCUAUGUUCAGAGGUGAUCAGUGCCGGUACCGAUACGAGUACCACGACAGUUGAAUGGGCCAUGCUUAAUUUGGUAAUGAAUCAAGAUAUCCAAGAGAAACUUUACCAAGAAAUCGUGGAUUGUGUAGGCAAAAAUGGUGAUAUCAAAGAAGAAGAUAUAGAGAAAAUGCCUUACCUCGAAGCCGUCGUUAAAGAAACGCUCCGGCGACACCCUCCGGGCCAUUUCCUCCUAUCUCAUGCAGCUAUAAAAGACACUGAGCUUGGCGGCUACACAAUCCCCGCAGGGGUUCACGUCGAGUUCUACACUGCAUGGAUCACUGAGAAUCCAGAUAUAUGGUCGGAUCCAGGUGAGUUCCGACCCGAGAGGUUCUUGCACGGUGACGGGGUCGGUGUCGACGUCACCGGGACUCGUGCGGUGAAAAUGGUGCCGUUUGGGGCAGGGAGACGGAUUUGUCCGGCUUGGAACCUAGGCAUUUUGCACAUAAACUUGUUGAUAGCAAAGAUGGUUCAAGCAUUCAAGUGGGUUCCAGUUCCGGGUGCCCCACCGGAUUUGACCGAGACAUAUUCUUUCACAGUUGUGAUGAAGAACCCUCUCAAGGCCGUGAUCAUGCCUCGGUGAGAAAAUUGAAAGCUUAAUUAGGCAAUUUAUAUAUAUAUAUAUAUAUAUAUAUAUGUAUUUUUACUUUAAUAAUACUUUUGACAUGUUUUGUUUCAUUGUUUUGAGUGUUUAAUCAUGUAUUUCAAGCACGCCAUUUUCAACCAUUUUAUCAAUCACUUUCAGUUUUAAUUUAAUGCUUCACCAAUUGAUGGCUAUAUAUAAAAUGAUAAUUUAUUUGAUAAUUAGGUAAAUAA